AUGAAGGAUAUCUCAGGGAAUCUGAAGCGACAGGUGACAUUUUGGAAUGUUGUUUUGAAAAAAGCAGAUUUUUCUGUAAGAAAAUAAACGUUGCAGGCCCCGGAAGAAACUGUCAACGACGGACGCACAGAGGAAGGCGUUCAGAAUGGGCUGGAGGGAAUAAUGCGUGAGAACAUGCAAGAGAAGAUCAAUGUGAGUUGUCAAGGCAAUUUCUUAGUAUAAAAAUCUUCAUUUUCAGAUCGCGGAAAAAGCAAACGUGGAGGACAUUAUGGGAAAAAUCAAGAAGAGCAAAGAGAAGAUCGUGGAAAAGACUCAUGAGCAGGACACUUUGGCGCUGUGGUUUCAGCUUUCUCGCAACUUCCCGUCCGCAAAUAAGGAGUCUAUUUUCCAAGCCGCUCACUCAGAUCCGGCAAUGGUCGCACACGGUCUGGAGAAAGUUAUUCAACUCGAGACUCUGCCCGAGAACAAUGCUGACGAAAUUCAUCGUGAGAUGAACUCUUUUUUUGUGCAGAAGAUGUCAAUAGGAAACAAAGAAGAGCUGGAGGACAGACAAGAGGAUCUUGGGAAAGCAGCAAUGUUCGAGAAGUAUCGUGCAAUCUUGGAGAGCGCAGCGAACGAUACUUCCAUUCUGAACUAUGCUCUGGGCUUCGUGCCUAAUCGUAAUAACAACGAUUUGAUGGUCGUCAGAAGAAUGAAUAUUAGAAGCGAGUACGACAGAACCUUGUGCUCCGAUGCCGUCAAGAAAAUGAAUGGCCACCUUUUCAACCAAUACAACGCCCAGGAGUCGGACAAAGCCUUCGUUAUUGCGAAUUUCUUUGGAAAAUCCCCCGACGCGAUCAUGAUCCAAACUUUCGUGGACAUGCAAAACUCCCAAAAUUCUAGUGCAAUUCCGUCCAGUCCAAUGGCGUUUGUUAUCGGACAGCGUGCUGCCUAUGCUGGGGACUACCGGGAGCUUCUGCACGUGGAAGGAAAUGCGGCCGUCGUUUCUGCUUUCCAGCAUAUUGUCAAAAUGGAGGUGAAUCAUUCGUAA